UUCGGAAAAUACCCGAUUCCGAGUAUAAACAUCGGCAUUCGGUGCACCUUCGCGAAAUUCACUUGACAGGCAUUUUGGUUUUUCGUGCAAGCUCCUGAAAAUUUUACUCAAUUUUCAGGCAAAAUUAGAUCUUGUAGUGCAUUUUCUCAAUGGUAUAAAUCUCUCCAGAGUGUGCCCCAAGUAUCUGCAUAGACAAAAGGAUGAAAGUGUUUGUGGAUUUUGAUGUAGAGAGGUAAAGAAAAGGGAGUAUCCGGGUGAAGUUGCGAUUUUAAAGCUUUUGGAUUACUGUGUGAAAAAAUUGUUCGUCACAAAAUCUCAGCAAUAAUUUGUGCUCAAAAAAACAUGUAUUUCGUGACACAUUUCGUCAAUUAUUGUUACAUAACAGUGAUACGCAGUGGGUGUAGUGUUUGAAAGAAAAGAAAUAGCCAGUGGUAACUUCCUGUGUUGCGGAACAAUCGCCACAUCGGGUCAAAAAACAACAAGUCCGCGACCAAGGAGUCUCACGCAUCCCCCAGGCACCUUUUCUCUCUUCAUGGAUCUCCAGUGAAUAAUCUCCACGGAAUAUUAGCUGAACCUCAUUGUUAGAAUAUAGCGCGAAUAUCACAUAACUUGAGAAUGCAUGGAAUGGCGACCAAUCGUGUGGGUGUUUAUGAUGGUAAAAUUGCUGGUUUGUACGACUUGGAGGAGACACUUGGAUCCGGCCACUUUGCUGUUGUAAAACUGGCAAGGCAUGUUUUUACAGGAGAGAAGGUGGCUGUAAAAGUAAUUGAUAAGACUAAAUUAGAUGAAGUUUCUCGUGCUCAUCUAUUUCAAGAAGUGCGAUGCAUGAAACUCGUUCAGCAUCCAAAUGUUGUACGACUGUAUGAAGUAAUUGAUACACAGACUAAAUUGUAUUUAAUACUUGAAUUGGGAGAUGGAGGUGAUCUCUAUGACUAUAUCAUGAAACAUGAGGGUGGUUUGUCAGAAUCACUUGCUCGUGACUAUUUUCGCCAAAUUGUAAGAGCCAUUAGCUAUUGCCAUCAGCUUCAUGUAGUACACCGAGAUCUUAAGCCCGAGAAUGUGGUGUUCUUUGAGAAGCUUGGUGUAGUGAAAUUGACUGAUUUUGGAUUUAGCAAUAAAUUCUGUCCAGGACAAAAGUUGGAAACAUCUUGUGGAAGUUUGGCGUAUUCAGCACCAGAAAUACUACUUGGAGAUUCCUACGAUGCUCCAGCUGUAGAUAUUUGGUCCUUGGGUGUCAUCCUGUACAUGUUGGUGUGUGGCCAACCACCAUUCCAAGAGGCAAAUGAUUCAGAAACUCUCACAAUGAUAAUGGAUUGCAAAUACACAAUGCCAAAUCAUGUGUCAAUGGGUUGCAGAAGCCUGAUAUCAAAGAUGUUGGUGAGAGAGCCAGAUAAGAGAGCCACUCUCCAUGAGAUAUCAUUGGAUACGUGGUUAAUGGAAGGUGGGCCGGAUCAUGGACCAGAAUAUCUACCGCUCGUCAGUCGAGAGCAAGUGAGCGAGGAUGAUCACACUUUGAUAAUACAAAAAAUUGUCAAUGGCAAGAUUGCAACCAAGGAUGAAAUACUUGAAGCACUUGACAAAAAUGAAUAUAAUCACAUUACGGCAACAUACUUUCUCUUGGCGGAACGAAAACUAAGAGCUCAUCGACAAGAGCAAGCUCAAAAGCGUAAACCGGAACUUACGCUCCCUGUUUCAGGAGCUGGACGACUUUCUCCAAGAUCAAGGGGUCAAGGUGUAAAGAGAGAAUCACAGGAAGACAAUGAUAAUUCUCAUCAGCAUUUGCUAGUGCCUUCAGUUAAUGCUACACAUUUGAGUAUACCAAGAACACCGGGAGUUGAAGGUAGUCAGACUGGUCGUGCCAGAAAGUGUAGUAUUGUUCAGGAGGAUGAUGAGGAAGAUGAGAUAUCUGCAUGUUCGGGCCGUGAAGAAUUGUCUGUGCCACUAAAUAGACGUGGUUCACGGUCAGAAGGUCGUAUUAAUAUUGCAAUUCAGGAUCGUAUUGCGGCUGAGAGUGAGCGUUUGAAGAAGGAUAUGGGUGCGACUGGGGUGCAGCAAGUGAAGAAGAUUGAUGGAAUUGCUGGGGUGAAGGUUGUUACGAGUGACAGUAGCAAUCCAAUGGCUAGAUUGGGAGUGUCUGCCGUUGAUCGUCAGAGACGUCCAACUGAUUUUAGUUGUAGUAGCAGUAGUAGUAGUAGUAGUAGUAAUAGGCCACAUACAGCCAAAAGUGGCAGUGGAAUUAAGGAUGCCAGAUCAAAUUCCGUGGACCAACAGAAUUACAAUAGGACUGAUCAGGAGAUACCUGCAAUGAAAGUCAUUACAGAUUCAUCAACAAUCACUAUUCCAAUAUCUAGUCAGGGGUCUGGGCAACAUGUUGAACUCACCAAUGUGCCAAAGUACAAGACAAUGCCAUCACCGACACGUGGUGGGGCUGGGGCUGGGGGUCUCAAUGAGAUUUUUGAAGAGGCUACGGAUGUUGGAUCAGAUACAAGUGGUACAACAACACCAAGACCAAUACAGCGUCACAAUCAAUUUACCAAUGUCCGGACUCAGAGUCAGGGUGGUAGUAGUGCUACGCAACGUCGAUCGAAAUUCAAUAAAACACGAACGGCAUCGUGUAGUAGUUCAGAUGCAUCCGAUGAUGAUUCGGAGAAUCGCAAAAAACGUGCCCAUAAAAUUGUCGAUAGUGUGACAAAGUCAACACAGCAACGGCGUGAUUCUCAUGAUGAUUCCAGUGAUUCGCAAGAUCCGGGAAAUACACCAGCAUCGGGUGGAAGUGCUCACAAUGGUACCCAUCCGAUGGUCAAAGUGACAGCUCCGACAAAUACAGCGGCAAAUGGGCAAAAUUCCACGGGAGGUGGUGGAUCAUCAUCAUCAACGGCCCCAAGUGGGGGACAGCAAAAGGCAGGAAAUGGUCAAUCUGUUGGUUUUAGGCGUCAUCGAGCUGGCCGUCGAAGAGCCAGUGAGACACGUUUGAGGGAAAGUCAGAGUCUCAAUAGGAUAACAGAAGUGCAGGAAUCUGAACCACCAAUUCAUCAUGUACCACCAAUUCUGCUAGCAACAGCAACUCAACCACCGGCUACAACGCCCACGAGUGGGCAAAAACCAAAGGGAUUCAGUGCAAGAUUCCUGCAGAAUUUUCGCAAAUCAGAAGCAACUGCACCAAUGUCCAGUAGCAGCAGCAGUACCCAACAGGAUCCCAAUGAUAAUGACGUGGAGAUGGUGUUGGGAGUGGAAUUGGUGAAAGCACUCAAAGUGUCAAAUAGUACAGAUACAAAACCAUCAUCAACCACAAAAAAACUCAAAAUGUUAGGAAAAUAUUUUCAGGUGCACAAGAAAUUGUGCAUUCCAUUGCCAAAUCUGUUUCAACGGGGACGUUUAUACAAAGCACAAUCGUGCGGAUCCCUCGUGCGUGACAAGGUGAAUCAAGCUCCAAAUGGUGGAUGUAGCUCUAGAAGUGCACGAGGUAGUGAGAGCAAUGUCAGACAUUCGGCCCUUUUUUCUGAUAGAGGCAGAAUAUUGCGAAAUUGUUUAGGAGCAUCGAGACUUUUGGGCAGUGAUGGUGACAUUAAUCAAAAUGCUAAAACACCCACAAAUCCUGUAGUAUUUUCCCUACCAACAACAAAGACAGAAACUAGUACAUCUCCAAAUCCAAUUUCUCAUCAACAAAUUCAUCUUGUAACGGAUGCUUCAUUGUGCAGUAGUCAAUGUUGAUAGGGAUAAAUAUUCGUUCUGCAGAUGACUUUGUAAACCACAAAGAAAAAAAACAUAAGAAAAGAAAAUCACAUAAAAUAUGGAAAAAUAAUUCUUCAUGAAAGAGGACACAAACACGUAAGUCAAUGAACAUCUUAAAUCUCAUUUUGAUGAACUAUAGAAAAUGUAUAUUAUCCCUUAUUAUUGUAAGGUAAACGUCCUAUUAUCCUUUUUUUUUCACUGAUUCUAUGUAAAAUGAAAUCUUUUUUGGGUAUUUUUAUUAAAUUAAAUGAAAAUACGUA